AUGCUUAAGGCCCGGAACAAGUGGUACUCAGAUGAACCGAGGUCUGUGGAAUGGGGUAGAAGGGAAACUGCUUACCAAUCCAGGCCCCAACAUGGUGGCGAAUGGCCGAAAUCAAGCGUAGCCACGUGUAGCAGUGAAAGAGGUGGACGACAGCAUGUCACGGUCGCUCUUCUUGGACUGCUGUGCCCAACCAGCGCAGCCGCCCCGUUUAAGCUUUUCGUCGAACGUCUUGUUGUUGGGCAGGAGCUACCAUCACAUCAUUGCUUGGGGGUCUCAGAAAUACCAGAGAAGAACUAUCCGCAAAUGUUGGUUUGGCCAAAACGCCUCAGAGAAACUAGUAGGCGCGCCGACUUUGUUAUCAUAGAGCAAAAGAGAACUAUCUCUCCAGGCGAUAUUCUGCAGAAACUCCGAUCGGCCGGCGAAGCAGCAGUGACUGACAGAUGCUCACCAGGCAUGAACGGUUGGCCUCAGUCAGCGCGUUCGCAACCGCUCUAG